AUGUCUGCUGAUACUCACAGCAUACCUAUAUUGAUAAGUCAGUAUGUUGCUUCUGUUGGCAACAACACCAACAACACCAACAACGAGCAAAACAUUUCACAAAAUUACGUUUCUGAAAUUGUUGAUCUUUUCCCAACUCAACUCACAUUACUUCAAUUUGUCCAAUAUUUAGGACCCACAUUGACUUCCGACAAUGAAGCAAUGAGGAGUCGCGGUAUGCAAUUCUUGAGCUCGGUGUUGGGACAAUUGCCACAGGAGCUUCUUUCGAGACAGGAUAUUGGUGUCAUGGUUGACUUUUUGAUGAAUAAAUUCAAUGACAAAUUGAGUUUGGUUCAUGCUUUGAGCGGUCUCAAUUCCUUGGUUCGGUGUAAACAUUACACCGCUAGUUUGAAUAGUGAAAAGAUCUUGACCAAGCUCUUGAAUGAAUACGAGCCGAGAAACAAUUUGGCAAAGGUCCGAUACGAGGCGUUUCAAGUGAUGAAUAGUUUAUUGGAGAACAAGACUUUCAUCAUUGGCUCCGCUUCAGUGGCUGAUUUGUACGUCAAGACAUUUAUUCAUAUUGCUUCAGGAGAGAAGGAUCCUCGGAAUUUGUUGCAAUCGUUUCAAUUGAACAAGACCAUUAAUGAGGAGUUUGAAUUCACCGAUUCUGAUCUACACAAUGGGUUCAUUACUGAUUUAUUUGAUGUUUGUUUCUGCUAUUUUCCUAUUUCAUUUACGCCUCCGGCAAAUGACCCGUACAAGAUUACCGCUGGCCAGUUGAAGUUGGAGUUGCGGCAAGUGAUUGCAUCACAGUCGAGAUUUGCUUCUGAGUCGAUACCGAGCUUGGUGGAGAAAUUGGCAUCUACAAACCCGGUUAUUCGUAAUGAGACACUAGGCACCAUCAAGUUAUGUGUGGAGAGUUACCGUGUUGAUACAGUUGCCUCGCAUUGGCUUUCUUUGUGGAAUGCAUUAAAAUUUGAAAUUUUGCACAAUGAUUGUGCUGCAUUUAAGCCCACGAUGGAGAGUAUUGUGCCUGAAGAUUACUCAUCCAUCGAUGACAAUGAUGAAGUGAAGGUGUUAUUUCAAACAUUGGUUAUUUUGGAAUCGAUUGUGGUGAAGUUGCCCGAUUCAACGAGCAUGUUGCAAACUAUUGUUGAUGAGUUGGGACCCAAUUUGAUCAAGGAUAAAGCAAAGCCAUCCGUGGUGAUUCUUGCUUCCCUUGCGAGCACAUCUGUGGCCAAUUACAACUUUGUUGUUGGUUACUUGUUUGGAUCCAGCGUGUGGGGGAAAUACUUUAAUGUGGAGGAGGAGGAAAAGGAUGAGGCGGAUGUGGAUAUGGAUAUGGAUAUGGAUAUGGAUAAAAAUGAAGAUCUUGCACUAAACAUAGCCAAGCAACGUGACUUGGUUGACAACUUAGGUUUCAUUUUGAUUGCUCAUCCACAAAGCGAAUCGAAUUUGGUCAAGUACAGAGACCACUUGCUCAUUUUCCUUUGUCAAAUCUUGGCCAACUCAUCGAGUUUGGAAAAGACAUUGAGGUGUAAAGUGGUUCAACAAUUGACGAAGUUGAUGACGUUGCCCAAGUUCCUAUCCCCUACUAAUGUUCAACUAAUCUUGCAAAUUUUCAAAGGCAUCAUUGAGGAGAAUGUGUCUGUUGGCAAGAAGGAUGUUGUUGUUGAUGAGAUUGUCAGUGAAUUGUCCUCUACUAUGGAAAAAGAACCGGCGUUCACGUCCAUCAUAAUUGAUGAGAUUGUCAAUCCGAUCUUGACUCAGGGGGGAAGUGGUGAUGAUGAUGAUAUGUUUGACACUAAGCGUCUCAAGUUUGUCCUUGGUAUUAUACAACAAUUGACGACAAAUCAUCAGGUUUUGGAAGUUGUCGCGAUCAGGAUUAUGAGUAGGGGAAAUUUUACCAUUGAUUCAUUGAUGGUUGUUGUUGAGUUUUUCAUUGAAUUGUUUAAUAAAGUGGAGACUGUGCUGCCAUUUUUGACAAAUUCAUGGUAUAGAAAGUUCAUUCCUAAAUUGAUGGGUGUGUUGCAGCGGUUGGUUCCGGUGGUUGAGGGUCUGAGUGUGGGUGGGUUUGAUGGAGCUGCAUUGGCAUUGUUGGAAGUGAGUGGUGAUUUGCUUCGUUUCAUUGUACGAUUCAUCGAUGUAAGUAAACAUCAGUCCAUAUUGGAGGAAAUGUAUCAGGUAUUCUGUACCGAUGCGGUGGAACCAAAGCUUGUAUUUGAAUACCAGGGGAAUUUGUUACUCCAUCCUACGCCAUACAUGACUAUUUACAACAAGAUUGUGUCAGGUAUUGACAAAUCAUGCAAAUAUGAACCUGCUGAGCACUCUGUGUUAGUCGUGGCGCAAAUCUUGACAACUCUCACGGACAAGUACUUGCGAGUACAAUACUUGCAACAUCUCUGUCUUGUCGUGAAUAAGUUUGGUCCAGUGUCAUUCAAGCCUACGUUGUCAUUCACCAAUGUGAAUGAUUUUGAAGUAUAUGUGUGGAACUUGAAAGCGCACUUGAUGAAACUUGAGCCGAGAGUGGAGAUAAUGACGGCCUUGGAUGAGUUGUUGAAAAUGUUGCAAUUGGAAACAACAUCAACUCGUGAUAAGCAAUUGAUUGUCAAUGCGUUGCCUUUGCUUGUCAUUGAUUUGAAAUUGUUUAUAAAUACACCACCAUCGCUAUCCUCGCGGAAAAUCAUCUCUAAUGUGAACAAUCUCAAUGUCAAGUUGUUGUAUAAGCAACAGGUGUUUGAGCGGAUGUUGCCCUACUUGAUCAAAGAGCAGCAUGAAUAUGGAGAUGGUGGAAGUGGUGGAGAGACUGACUUAUUGAGCAUCCAGGCAUUGGCAUUGAUAUUGCCCCAUAUUCCACAGAAAAUCUUGGUGCCACAUUUAUCCACAUUUGUGCCAUUUGUACUCAGUGCCAUCUCACACAACACAAAGUCUCAAACGCAAGGAUUGAUCAACAAGGCCGGGUUGAGCAUAUUGGAAAUCAUUCUCAAGGAGAAUGCCACUAUAGUGCAACUGAAGCUAUCAACCGUAGUCACCAGUUUGGUCCAAUUAGCAACAACACUGAGCUCUAGUGAUGGAGAUGGAGAUGGAAAUGGAAAUGGAGAUGAUGAUGAUGUGCGAAAAUCGGCAUUGAGCAACUUGGUUCUUGUUUUCACAAACUUUGACGUGGGUGUGGUUGAGAGGUUCAAGGGUGGCGUGGUGAAGCGGUUGGAAGUGUGUUUGGAUGACAAGAGGCGUAGUGUGAGGAAAUUGGCCAUUGACUUGAGACAAAUCUUGUACGAGAUGCGGUAG